GGGCGGGGGCGGGCUCCGGGGGAGGAGGAGGCCGAGGAGGAAGAUGGCGGCGCCUGGCCUGGCCUGAGGCCUGGUCUGUGUCUGUGAGGCGGGAAGGAAGAGAACGGAGAGGCCGAGAGAGAGAGAGAGGACGUGAGAGUUCUCUGGAGCCACCCCUGCCGUGAUGGGAAACGAACCAGCUUCUAGUCGACAUUAAGGCAUUUGGAAACCAAAGUGCAGUAAGGAAACCAGUCCUCUAGGAAAAAGGAUUCCUCUCAAGGGGCUGAUCCUGCUGAAUUUCUACAUUCACUUUGGAUUAUAGAGUAGAACCAUAGAGUCGGAAGAGACUGCAUGAGGCACCCAGUCCAGGCCUCUGCCGUGCAGGAAAAGCGCAAAGUACCCUGGACAGAUGAGCAUCUGGCCUCUGUUUAAAAGAUCCCAAAGGAGCCUCCACUACAUUUUGAGGCAGAGAGUUCUACUGCUUGAACAGCUCUAACAGUCAGGAAGUUCUUCUUAAUGUUCAGAUGGAAUCUACUUUCCUGUAAUUUGAACCCACUGCUGUGAGUAAUCAGAAAGGGAAAAACAAGAAUCAAGUGUCCUUAUUGGAAUUAAAUGUACAUAGCACUGUUGACAUGGAGGAGAAAGCAUAUAAAUGUAUCGAAUGUGGAAAGAGCUUUAAUCAGCAUGAAAUGCUGAAGAGACAUCAAAGGACUCACACUGGGGAGAAACCCUAUAACUGCCUGGAGUGUGUUCAGAGCUUCACUCAGAAGGGAAAUUUACAUACACAUCAAAGAACUCACACCUCGGAGAAACCCUAUAACUGCCUGGAGUGUGGACAGAGCUUUGCCCAUAGUUCAGGACUACGUUCACAUCAAAGGACUCACACUGGGGAGAAACCCUAUAACUGCCUGGAGUGUGGACAGAGCUUUGCUCAUAGUUCAGGCCUGCGUAGACAUCAAAGGACUCACACUGGGGAGAAACCCUAUAACUGCCUGGAAUGUGGAAAGAGCUUUGCUCGUAGUUCAGGCCUGCAUAGACAUCAAAGGACUCACACUGGGGAGAAACCCUAUAACUGCCUGGAAUGUGGAAAGAGCUUUGCUCAUAGUUCAGGCCUGCGUAGACAUCAAAGGACUCACACUGGGGAGAAACCCUAUAACUGCCUGGAGUGUGGACAGAGCUUUGCUCAUAGUUCAGGCCUACGUAGACAUCAAAGGACUCACACUGGGGAGAAACCCUAUAACUGCCUGGAGUGUGGAAAGAGCUUUGCUCCUAGUUUAGGCCUGCGUAGACAUCAAAGGACUCACACUGGGGAGAAACCCUAUAACUGCCUGGAGUGUGGACAGAGCUUCACUCAGAAGGGAAAUUUACAUACACAUCAAAGAACUCACACCUGGGAGAAACCCUAUAACUGCCUGGAGUGUGGACAGAGCUUUGCCCAUAGUUCAGGACUACGUACACAUCAAAGGACUCACACUGGGGAGAAACCCUAUAACUGCCUGGAGUGUGGACAGAGCUUUGCUCGUAGUUCAGGCCUGCGUAGACAUCAAAGGACUCACACUGGGGAGAAACCCUAUGACUGCCUGGAAUGUGGAAAGAGCUUUGCUCGUAGUUCAGGCCUGCGUAGACAUCAAAGGACUCACACUGGGGAGAAACCCUAUAACUGCCUGGAGUGUGGACAGAGCUUUGCUCAUAGUUCAGGACUACGUACACAUCAAAGGACUCACACUGGGGAGAAACCCUAUAAAUGCCUGGAGUGUGGACAGAGCUUUGCUCAGAAGGGACAAUUACAUUCACAUCAAAGGACUCACACUGGGGAGAAACCCUAUAAUUGCCUUGAGUGUGGACAGAGCUUUGCUCAGAAGGGACACUUAGAUUCACAUCAAAGAACUCACACUGGGGAGAAACCUUAUAAAUGCCUGGAGUGUGGACAGAGCUUUGCUCGGAGUGGAACUUUACGUUCCCAUCAAAGGACUCACACUGGGGAGAAACCAUAGAAAUGCAUGGAGUAUGGACAGAGCUUUUCACGGAAUAAGUUUAUACAUCAUAGAAUCAUAGAAUUCAACCUGGAGAGAAUGAUGUUAAUUGACCCCAGAGUGUCAUUCUAACAUAUACAAAAGCAACUCUUGUACAUUUUGGAAAUUCAAGCUUAAAGUUGGGACAUUUCAUCACAUGUGGUGUAUUGUAGAAAGAUUGAACUAAAAAUGUUCCAUUCUGGAAGUAAACAAGGUUAAAUGAAACUAGAGUUUUAUAUACUGAGAAUGUUGGAUGAUCAAUUAGAAUGAAGCAUGAGUAGUUACUGCGAGAUACUCAAGUAAGAAUUGACUGUACACAGGGAUGGAAGGAAUGUUUUAUUCCAAAGCAAAAACAAUGGCUUAUGAAGACCUGCAAAUUAGCCACAACGAACAAACUGACAACAACAACAUGGGCAAAUGUCAGUUGUAAUAGGUAUUAAUUGGAAGAGUGUUAUAACAAAUAGAAGUGUUGAUAUAUUAUAUUAUCUAAAGGGAGUAGAAUAAUGAGAGAUAAAAAUUAACAGAUAGAAUGAGGCUUUUAGGCACGUAUCCCUGUCUGUUUGUUAGUUCAGUUGUGUGUCUAUGUAGGUCACUGUUUUGCUAGUGUGUUAGUUUCUGAUUUAGUUUUGUAUCUCAUGUAGUAGUUAGUUUCAUGUUCAGUUGAAGCAUUAUAAAUUAUUUCUGCCUUCCUUGUAUUGUUACUUUUAAUUUUUUUAUUUUCAAAAAAUAGGGUGAUUUAUAAGGGUCAAAACGGCUGAAACUGGAGGGGUGGGUAGAAAUGGCUGACUAAUCGAUUUUCUGUAUUUGAAAACAAAUUGUAAUGCUUAGAACCGCUAUUGUGAAUUGUGGUGCAUGUUAACUAUAUAACUAUAUAAAAUUGAUUAUAGACAUAUAAUUGACACUGAAUCAGACAUGUAUACAAUAAAUUAGUCUUGAUGUAUCAAGGGUGUGUGUGUGUGUGUGUAAGGAACGGGAGUGUUUGUGUGGGUGCUUGUGAAGAACAGAAGAAACAGGCCUCAAAAGAAAAUUGAGUCCACGCAAAGUCUGACAUGGGAUGGACUUGGCGGGUGAAGCAAGGAAUCAGCAAGGCGUCUCUCACCUGGCAAGACGGAACGAGGGUCCAGGAAGGCCUAUCCGAAUAACCACGGGCAAUGAAGUGUGCAGCUGGCACCCCAUACGUCAUGCAGCCUGAGACUGAGCAUGUUUUGAAACCAGGCCGUAAGAACAGAAGGAACCGAAAGAAGGAUGAAACUUUAGGCCAGGGGUCCUCAAACUUUUGAAGUGGGGGGCCGGUUCACGGUCCUUCAGACUAUUGGGGGGGCUGUACUAGGAUGAAAUAGUCCAAAAUUAGGAUUGUUGUUGUUGUGUGCCUUCAAGUCAUUUCAGACUUAGGACAACCCCAAGUUCAGGACAGGGGCCAGGUCAAUGACCUUGGGGGCCGCAUCUGGCCCACGGGCCUUCGUUUGGGGACCCCUGCUUUAGACUAUCAAAUGCAGGGGCCUCAAAGAUCCAGCAUGAUUUCCGGAACCGCCGAGACCACGUCUGUCGGGAGAACGUGAUCACCUCUUCCGAGCAGGGCCUGUGCGUGAGAAUAUGGAUGUAUGGGUCUGCGUGUGGGUGAGAGCUCUCUCGGGAUGUGAUUUUGAUAGGAUUGUGAUGUGAUUAUCAAUAAAUGUUACAAUGAAAGUGUUAAAACCAAA